AUGGAUCAUAUACCGUCGUUGCCCAAGUCCAUCAAGGGGAACACCGAACUGCUCAUUUGGGUCGACCUUUUCUCGGGAUAUGUGAUUGCAAAGGCUAGCUCCUCUCGGACGGCACAAACAAUAGCGGAGAAUUACGAAGAAUGUGUGUUUCGACGCUUCCGGAGCUAG